UUCAAUUCAGCUCAUUUCAUUAAAUGUGAACAUACCCUAUUGGUAGAAAUAAGUUAUUAAAACACUCCUUAAAACUGUGGGAUUACAUUGGUUUAAAAAAAAAAAAAAAAAAAAAAAAAAGGUUGUAUAUUACCAUAUAUAGUAUUGCUUUUGGAAUUACAUGGGCUUAAAAUAAACGUGAAACCCCUUGUUCCAAAAGUUCUAUAAAUACUGCUCUAGUCUUUCUUAGUCUCGUCACAUUCUCUCAUACUCCAAUACUCAAUUCCUCUCUUUUUCUUCAAUUUUCCCUACUUUUGAAUUGCAAUGGCUUUUUCCAGGAAGAUAAUCCUCAAGAGUGCCGAUAAUGAGCAUUUCGAGGUCGACGAAAAAGCAGCAAUGCUAUCUCAAACCAUCAAGAACCUGAUCGAAGACAUCGGCGAAAGCAACGAUCCAAUUCCGCUGCCAAAUGUGAGCUCAGCAAUUCUGUCAAAGAUCAUUGAGUACUGCAACAAACAUGUCGAGGAAGAGAAUAAGGCUGAAUCCGAAAAUGAUGAUCUCAAGCAAUGGGAUGCCGACUUCCUCAAAGUCGACCAGAAAAUCCUCUUUGAUCUCAUUCUUGCUGCUAAUUACAUGGAUAUUAAGAGUCUGCUAGAUUUAAGUUGUCAGUGUGUGGCGAAUAUGAUCAAGGGAAAGACACCCGAGCAGAUAAGGAAGCACUUCAAUAUCAAGAAUGAUUUUACACCCGAGGAAGAGGAAGAAGUUCGCAGGGAGAACCAGUGGGCAUUCGAGUAAUCUGGAAUAGCAAUGGACUAAACUAUUUAGGACAACGAACUUCAUUUACCAGUCUCAAAUUGUGUUUCUAAAUAGUUUAAUUACCCUGCUACAUUUGUUUGCUUAUUGUUGUAGCACAAACUAUGUUUACUGCUUUAUCAGUUUAUCUAAUUUAAUUUCAAGCGUUAGAAGUUUAUUAGCAUAUAUCAUUUUUUUUUUUUAAUUUUUUUAUUAUCACAUGUUCUUUGAAUUUGGUCAGUGUUAUUCGGAUAUGAAGUAUAUGUUUUUUUACAUUAUAACUUAUGUUCUUAUAACCUAAAAAUAUGUUAUUUUGAAUUUUGACAUUUGAAAUUUAAUUUGAAAAUAAAAUC